AAAAUUCUAUCAAGCUAGUAUAGUACAGUAGGAGUUGCGCUUUGCAUGUUCGCGUUGUGUGAGACGGUCGAGGAUUCUGGCUUUAGAUUGCUUGGUUUUUCUUAGCAUUUUACAACUUCAAUUCUUGCGAAGGAUUCAUAUUGCAACUGGCACCUUCCGCGUAUCCCUACAAUCAAAUAUGGAUCAACGUGUAGAAAUCGGAGAGGAAAUCGAGUAACAUUUCGGGUUUUUUAUUCAACCGUUGUCGCUCGGCAAAACCAACCGUGCAUCAUCCGAAAUCACCGGCCGUGUGUUGCUCAUCGACCGCUCGGAGUUUUUCGGUUUCUCCGCUUGAGAAUCGUUCAACGGAACAGUCAUGGAAGUGAAUGCGGAGAGAGACUGUAGCGUCUUGGGGGGACUGUUCCAGACCAUCAUCAAUGACAUGAAAGGUUCAGUACCUGUUUGGGAGGACUUCACUAGCAAGGCAUCCAAAUUACACACACAACUCAAGACCACGAUCGUUGCUGUGAGUGCGUUCUUAGAAGCCUUUCAGCGUAUUGCAGAUAUCGCUACCAACUCCAGAGCUGAGUCCUUCCAGCGCCCCAAUCACCAACUCGACCUUCUUAUGAAAAUGAUUUGGCCGGAGAUUCCAGGCAUAGUCCGCGAAGUUUAGCUGCCUUACUCAUCGUUAAGACGAAGAAGAAGAAAAAAAAACGUCUCCCCGUUAUCUCCAUGCCAAAGAUGCUUGCAGCAAUAUCAAUUUACUCCCGGGCUGCAAUGAUGAGUAUUGGUGCCUGGGCGAGGGCCAGCCCGGUUCAAGAUUUGAUUUUCAA